AUGGAUGAGCUGAAGAUCGGGACACUGGUAGGUGCGGACAGGUAUGGCAACAAGUACUACGAGAACAACGAGUACUUUCACGGCCGGAACCGAUGGGUGGAGUACUCGGACGACGCUUACCUCGAUUACGACGCCUCGCAGAUACCGGCGGAGUGGCACUCGUGGAUGCAUUACACGACAGACAUACCGCCCACUGUUAAGCCACCGGUGCAGCACAGGUGGAUGAUAGAGCACACGCCUAACUACACCGGCAGUCACCUCCAGUACGUGCCCUACAGUACCACCAGAGAGAAGGUCCAGAAAUGGGAUCAAACGGUGCCCCAACUCGAGGCUAAGAAGUAUAAAUACUUCACUAAUUAA